AUGAUGCUGAAUUUUUUUAAUCAUCCCAAAAAGAUUUUACAAUUAAAGAUUCGAGAAAACUCAACUGAUUUAUUAUCAACAUCUACUUCUUUUUCAUCACAGACGACACAAGUAUCAACAACUUCACCUUCUUCGUCAACGGUUCAACAACAAACUUCAUCUUUAAUGAGCCAAACGACAACCUCACAAUUUACUUCAAGCCCGAAUUCCGCACAAACUUUUUCAUCCGCACCAGAAAAUUCAGAUAUGUCGAAUAAUUUAUCCCCUACAAGCAAUACUAUCCCAAAUAGCUCCCAACAGACAUCACGAUCACUGCAGUUACCACAAUCAACACAAUCAACACAAUCAACACAAUCAACACAAUCAACACAAUCAACACAAUCAACACAAUCACAACAAUCACAACAAUCACAGCAGUCUCAGCAGUCACAACAGUCCCAGCAGUCCCAGCAGUCUCAGCGUUCAUCAAGUCAAACACAACUGUCUUCAAUGUCUGAUAAUAAUACCUCAUUCGUAAGUCCAAGCGAUACAAGCUUGCUGACCUCUACAACAAUCCCUUCUACAUCUUCCUCAGUAACAUCUUCUUCAGCUACGUUCACUUCAUCAAGUUCGACGCUCCUGACUCCAAGCAGCAGUGACACAACAACAAGCAGUAGCUCUAGUACAAAUUUUUCUAGUACCAGUACCAGCUCGAGUUCAUCGACAGAUGCAUCCAGUUCCACUACAGAAACUUCAUCGUCUUUACUGUCUUCGAGUUUAACUGCAACUUCAUCACUGCUGAGCUCAUUUCCCUCGUCAUCAACUACAUCCAGUACAAGCUUUAGUUCCAGCACUAGUUCCAGCUCCAGUUCCAGCUCCAGUUCCAGCUCCAGUUCCAGCUCCAUCUCUAGUUCCAGUUCCAGUUCUGGAACCACUACUAGUCUGAGCACCAGUUCCAGUUCCAGUUCCAGUUCGAGCUCAAUUUCUUCUUCUAGCUCUAACUCCAGUUCCAGUUCAAGUUCUGCUUCUAGUUCUAGGUCCACCAAUUCAAGUUCUUCGUCAUCUUCAUUCUUUUCUCCAACUAGUGAAUCAUCAAGUGAAACCACAAAUUCUAGCUCGUCUACAGAAUCCAGCUCGACCCCCAGUUCCACAACACCUUCAAGCACAUCCAGAGCAAGUUCAAGCACCACCUCUAAAUCGUCUUCUAUCACAACUCCUCCAACCACCAGUAGUCAACAUUCAAUGACUUCAUUUACUUCGUCCUACACUUCUAUUAUCAAAAACCCCGACACAACUAUCACAACCGUUAUAGCCGUACCGACAUCGGCUGAAGUAUCGACCAAUUCAGGUCAAAGUACAGCUGAACGAAAUUCCAAAUUAAUUGGAGGUUUGGUAGGUUCAAUUGGUGGAUCUAUUGUUCUCGGUAUUUUGGUGGUGUUUUUCUUGUACUUGAAAAAACGUAGACGUAACAAUUUGACCAACCAACAACCUGAUUUCAAUAAAGUCAUAGCUGGUCGCGAUGGUGGUGAUUUAGAUGAUGAUGACGAUGAAAGUCCUUUGGAAGAAGAAGAAAAUAAACACAUUUAUCAUGAUAAUGCUGGUGAUAAUAUGGUACAAAACUCUAAGAUGGGAUGGUUUAAAUCGAUAUUCAAGUCUGGGUCUGGUACAGCUAAUGCAUCAAAUUCGAAAUUAUUAGGCACUGUUGGUGGCGGUGCUGCAGGUGCAGCCGGUGCUGGUGCUGGUGCUGGUGCUGGUAUUUUCAGAAGAUUAGAUCGAAACGACAAUGAUUUAGAAAGACAAGCAGGUGGUUAUGGAAGCACUGGACGUAAUGAUGACGAUAUGGAUGAUUUCUACUACAGAGGAGUAUCAAGUGCGAAUAAUCUUGACCCGAUAUUUAGAAGUAAUAAUAAUACAUCAAGUGCAGCUAGAAAUUCAACAAUUGCUAGUGGGUCUGCUGGUGUUACUUCUGGUACUAAUUCAGCUAAGCAUACUAGAAUGAAUUCAUAUGGUCAUCCAUUAGCAAAUCCUGAUGAAGUUGUAAGAGAGGAUGAUGAAAGUAGCAUUGAUUUUGAUUCUUUUGAAAGUCCUCCACAUUUUCAACACAGACCAGGAAAUAUAUUUAGUGAUGGACGACAGAAUUCAACUAAUUCAUUAUCGAGAUUCCAUGAAGAUGAUAUAUUUUAG